AUGGCAGAAGUUGUCAAGGUUGUACUCAGGUUCCAGUACAGGGGGGCUCGUGCAGGCCAGUGGGCUUCAGUUAAGAACGGCGAUCGCCCCACCGCUGAGUACAUGAAGAGUCUGCUAGAUGAUCUCCAAGUGCUCGAUGUUCCGCGGCCUAUGGACCUGGAACCUAUGUGGCAAUCCGGCGUUGUGGACUGUAUUUGGCACACACCUAAGGGCGGCGAGCUCUACAAAAGAAUACAUCGCGGUUAUUGCCGGAGGAAAUUCUUGUCUGAGAACGUGGAGAAGAACAUAUCUUGGAUUAAAUUUGAUGAAUACAGCACAAAGCGCCAAGUCUUGGGAGAUCAACCUCUCGCCCUGCGCGGUCGAAGGCGCUCCAUUUCCCCGCGCGAUCGAAGGCGUUCCAUUUCCCCGCGCGAUCGAAGGUGUUCAAUUUCCCCGGGAACAAGGCGGACACCAGGAGAAGUAGAAAGGCGGCCUCGGAGCAGGCGACCCAGUCCUUCUCGCCGACCUAUGAGCGCCCGGAGUCUGCAAUAUCUGGAUGAAACACAGAGGAUGUUGCGACGCCUGAGCGACUCAGUGUCGAAGGGAGCCUCUGUACCAUUCGAGCUCGAGUCGCCAGAGGAGUUACGGAAGGAGCAGGAUUUGCCGUCAGACACGCCCACGAGGUCGCGAACGGAGAGCUCGCCGGCACCAAUCGUCUCCAGCACUUCUACUGAUGUCUCUGCGCAGACCAAUGUUUCUGAAGUUCACCCAAAUUCAGUCGGAAAUUCUUGUAGUGAAAGAUCUUCUAGAAGUGAGGGCUUGGCGGCGCCUGCUAUUCCCAAUGUCAUGCAGGCUACUUCCAGUCCAGAGCCCCGAAGUCCUGAGGGAGAUAUUCACGACUUGUCCAACAUGCGCUUGGAUCUUCAAAAGCAAAGUUCUGGCUUAAGGGAGCAUGAGAUUGGGCUAGAGCAGCAUCUUGUAGAGCACGCCCAACCACCUGGAGCAGAGGAAGGCGAAUCAGUCGAUCAAGGAAUCAUGACAGAGCCUUUUGUGGACAAAGAUGUCUCUGCACUUCGUGAGAUGCUUGAGCGGGAGACUGCCGCGAGACAAGCUGCAGAAACUGAAUUGCAAGAGGAACGCCGCAAACGCGUAGAUGCAGAAGCCAUUUUGGAGGACAUGCGUCGGGAGAGAAGCGCGCCAUUCAUCGUGCCUGGGAUGGCGGAUGCGUUCAUCAAGUUGGCACGACUUACCGAGGAGGCAUUGUCGUCGCGCUGA